AUGGAGAAACCACUCAAAAUUUACUUCAUUCCAUACUUAGCAGCAGGCCACAUGAUCCCUUUAUGCGACAUAGCUUCUCUCUUUGCCUCACGAGGCCUCUUUGUUACAAUCAUCACCACUCCUUUAAACGCUAAAAUCCUUCCCAAAUCCAACAAAUUCUUCACUGUUCAAACUUUUCCCUUCCCUUCCCAAGAAGUUGGCCUCCCAGACGGUGUAGAAAACCUCACAUCCAUCACUGACUUAGAAAGCGGCUUCAAACUCUACCAUGCCACCAUACUGCUCCGCGAACUCAUUGAGAAUUUCGCGCAGCAGCACCCACCUGAUUGCAUCGUGGCGGAUUUUUUAUUCCCGUGGGUGGAUGAGCUAGCAAACAAGCUUAACAUUCCGAGAUUCGCCUUCAAUGGUUUCUCCCUCUUUACUAUAUGCGCCAUGGAAUCUCUCAAAUUACACCCUCUCCCUGAUGAUGCCUGUGGUUCUUUUCUCAUUCCCAAUUUUCCUCAUGAUAUCACCAUUAACUCAACACCACCCACAGAGUCCAAAUCUUUUAUGGAUCCUCUACUCACCAUAGCCCUCAAAAGCAAUGGCUUCAUCAUCAAUAGCUUGGUGGAGCUCGAUGGUGAAGAAUAUAUUGAAUAUUACGAGAAAAUCAUCGGUCAUAAAGCUUGGCAUCUUGGCCCGGCCUCUCUUGUUCGCAAAACCACUCAAGAGAAGGCGGAAAGAGGAGAAAAAAGCACAUUGAGCGUGCAAAAAUAUUUAACUUGGCUUAACUCUAAGCAAGAUAACUCAGUGAUUUACAUAAGCUUUGGAACCAUUUGUUAUUUCCCUGAUGAGCAAUUAUAUGAGAUUGCUAGCGCGAUAGAAGCAUCGGGUUACGAUUUCAUAUGGGUUGUCCCAGAGAAGAAAGGGAAAGAGAAUGAGAGUGAAGAGGAUAAACAAAAAUGGUUGCCUAAGGGAUUUGAAGAGAGGAAUAAGGGGAUGAUUGUAAAGGGGUGGGCACCACAGGUUGUUAUAUUAGGCCACCCUGCGGUGGGUGCAUUUUUGACGCAUUGCGGGUGGAACUCUGUGGUGGAGGCUGUUAGUGCCGGAGUUCCGAUGAUCACGUGGCCAGUGCAUAGCGAUCAAUUCUAUAACGAGAAGUUAAUAACUCAAGUGAGAGGGAUUGGAAUUGAACUCGGUGCAGACGAAUGGAUCAUGGCUGCUUUUAAAGAUAUGAAAAAGCUAGUGGAGAGAGACUGUAUAGAGAAGGCUCUGAGACGGUUGAUGGAUGGUGGUGAAGAAGCUGUCCAAGUUAGACGUAAAGCUCGAGAGUUUGCAAAAAUUACUAGAUAUGCUGCUGGAGAAGGUGGUUCAUCUCAUAAAAAUUUGACGACUUUGAUUGAUGAAAUUAAGCGAUUAAGAGAGUAA